UGUAAUAUUAAAUAUCAAAUGUUCAAAUAAAUUAAAAUUCAAAUAAAUCAAAUAUAAUGAAACAAUAAAACAAAGCCAUAAUCACUAAAGAUUCUGGUAGUCGUCGUUAUCGUCAUUCCCGUGGUCCUGCUAAGGCAGCGGAGAAGGCGAUGAUGUCUGUGUCCCACCAGUAGCACUACUGCCACCAGUAGCGCUGCUGCCACUAACGUGCAUCUAGGCCUGAUACAUCGCCAUCCGCUGCUCCAUCUGUUGAAGCUACUCUAGUUUCUCCUUUCACUCUAGCCUGAGCUUAUUCGUGUUCGUCACGCAUGUGAGGAUCUUCUGAUACCUCUCCCGAGUCUCGUUCAGCUCCUGAGCCUGUUCAUGAAGGCUCUGGGUGAGCUCCUGCACCUGCAGCCUCAAAUCAAUGCGUUCCUCGGGAUCGACGACUCGACUGGUGAUAGAGGUGGACCAUGGCCUCAUCGUGGAGGUGCAGAGGCUGUUGGCGAAGAACAACCCCAACCCAUAUACGCGGUUCUUGUAUGACGCUGAGGCAGUCUCAUGCCAAACCGCAUUAGGAUCGACGACUGAAGUAGCCAGAAGCUCCGGCGGCGGUCCUGGAAGUCACAGAACCAUCCCCGGCGGUCAGAAUCACAGAGAUGCAGCUCCCUUCUCCGGCAGCGACACCGGCGGCGGCCUGAACCCCUUGACAUCAUCAGAACAGCCGGAGAUGACCAGAGACACGAUGAACACCGCGACAGCCACAGUAGCAGCGGCGUCGCAGCAGCGGACCCCUCUUCACAGCGACCCAGCGGUGGCGGUUCUGGAGGAACGGCGACGGCAGCUUAGCAACGGCGAUGACAGCAGCGUCGCCUUCCCCUCGCGCGAGCACGCGCGCUCCCUCUUUCUCGUGUCGGGCUCCUGCAUCCCAUCCCUCACGCCCGCAGUCCUGGGUUCAGCGCGGUUCAAAGGCGAUCGACGGCGAGGUGCGGCGGUCAAACAGCGCCUCCUUCCUCUCCUGUUCUCGAUCCGAACAGCGGUGACAAGGAGGAUUCGACGGUGGCAGCCUCCAGACACGGCGCCUUCCUCUCUUCACACGUCCCCCUCUCUUGGUUCUCCAUCAUCGGCGACAAGGAAAACUGACGACGACGUCGGCACAGUCACGCGGAACGGCAGGGGUAGAGGGCCAGCAGCUACUGCUGCUGAGUGUGAGUGA